AAAAGUCACAUGUAUAGUACAAGGAUCCGCAGGGACCUGCUGUUUUCCUCCCUCUACAUCUGGGCUCCAGUGUUCCUGCUCGCAAUUGGUGGCUGCUGAUCACUAAGAAUAACUGGGCUCAUCGUGGGACUGGCCUGCAUCAGCCACAGAUUCCCACGACCCCCCCUCCUUUCCCCUCCUUUCCCCUCCUCUCCUCGCACACAGAGAAUAAUCUAAACACAGUCUGCGGAGGCGCACAAGCAGCAGGACUCGCGCAGCGGGAGCGCCUUUGCACCACUUUUUUUGUCUUCGUUCCAAAAGCUUCGUUUCGGGCUCGCUGUUGCGCUUCACACCGGCUCACGCGGCAACAGAAAGAAGAAAGGGGGGAAGGAGAGGGAGAAAAGAAGAAGAAAAAAAAGGUCUUGGUGUUUGUCGGAAUGCGUUGAAAGUCUGGAUUGAACACGCGCAGGAGUGGGAGGAAUAACGCAACUCCGGGUCGUUCCUUUGGAUGAUGCCGAGGAGCCAGUCUCUGCCCCGGAUAUACCCCAAGAACAAGUGUGAAGCCAGAGGAUGACGGCAGCCGGACCCGACCACAGCAGCCCCGCCUCGUCCCGCUCGUCGCCUAUCCGCCUCCCGGCGUGGGCCGCCCACCUGUGGAGAGGCAAGGCCUUCCGGAACAAGCUGCCCCUGCGCUCUGCCCCGGGCGUGUGGCUUCUGCUGGGCGUGGUGGUGGUCCUGGUGGGGAUGGCCGUCGCGGUGGCGGGCUACGUGUCGCCCGCCCCGAAGCCCACGGCGGGCGGCCGGGGCGGCACCCACGUCGAGAGGAUGAAACUGGCCGGGCCCGUGGUCAUGGGAGUGGGCCUGUUCAUCUUCAUCUGCGCCGCCACGCUCCUGUACGAGAACCGGGACCUCGAGGUCCUCCGGCGAGAGACGCCGGAGGACCUCGAGGAUUUGAAGGGAGGAGACGGCUGGGAGGGCUCGCAGGAGCUGCCCAGCUUCGGCUGUCAGGAGCAGUGGGAGUGUAAAGGUGGGGAGCGGGGGUCCUGGGCCCCUCCUCCGACCCACACGCUCUCGGACCACAACUGUGGGCCUCCGCUUCCUUCACCUCACAGAAACACGCACCACGCCAGCGGCCCGUCCUCGCAGUCGGCCCCCUCGGAGGCAGGAGGUAGAAAUGAGGAGGAGGAGGAGGAAGGAGGGGCGACUCUGCAGGCCCAAGUUCUGCACCAUCAGGAGCCAAUCCCUCACCCCUCCUCCCCUCGCCCGUCCGUCUCCCACUCCUCCGUCCACUCGGACUCUUGCAACUCCAGUGAGAUCAACUUCAACGCGCGGACAGACGUUCCUCAACCCUGAAGCCUCCCGGCGCUUUCGGCUUCUGCCGUCUCAUCAAACGGUGCACGAUGAGACGCGUUUGGAGGUUUUCACCGAGCCAACGCGUCGCUCGGCCGUCGGAUGAGACGCUUGUUGGUGUGUUUGGGUGCUCUGCGAGCGGCGCAGCGGCUCUGAGUCACCGCCUGUGAGCGGUGUUUUUGUCCGACAUCGUUCUCUGACUCACCCACGCUCGGAGGAUCGGAGCUGGGCCGUUUGAUGUCAGCUCGCCAUCUUGCUUUUCUUUGAACUCACCCAUGCCAGAAAUCCCAAAAGCCACCGCUUCUUUGACCAUAUUUGGACGUGGGGGGGGUAUUUGCUAAAAAACUUACUUGGGUGCAGGCAAGCGGGAGAUGGACACACUCCCCCACCCCCCCCCCCUCUCUCUCUCACACACACAUACAUGAGGAGUAUUUACAUUUCCUUGCUUCGGAAAGAGGUCUCAGUUAAGAGGAUGAGCCAGAUAAGGUCUUAAAUGCGUCUUUAUCUAAUCUCACACAUACUGUUAUCUGCUCUUUAUCCGAGGAAAUUGUCUUUGUAUAAACAAGGGAAGCGCACAAGGCCACACUCCUCUCAUUGGACACCUACGGCCACGCUAUAAAUACCAGCUGCUUGCUGUGCACAGAAGCAAGUGUGGACUUAAGUUUCAGUGAUUUACUGUGAUUCAUUUUUAAAAAAAUGUUUUUUCAUUCACAGUGUCAGCUGUUCAUUUCUCUCGAGCGGGGUGAGGCGAGAUCUUGAAGAAUUGGUGAAAAAUGAAAAAGAGCAAUGACUGAAAGAAAGAAAAAAAAAAUCAAUGAUCAGAUCUGGUUAGACGAGUUAUUUCUGACGAAGCGGUUGAAUGAGUCGCGUAACUGAAGCCUCGCUCUCCCACAUCCCGACCUUUCAUCUCCUCUCACUUCAUCAUCUGAUUCCUACGCUUUAUUCAAACGCCCCGCGGUCCUCCAUCUCAUUUUUCUGGCUUAAACAGAGCGAGAACAACGCGGAGAGGAACGUUAACGGGGCGCAAUUAAGCGAAAGCGUGCGCGUUGGAACGCCCUCGAAGCUAAAUGAAGGCAAGAUGGUGAUUUUCGCCCACCAUUUUUCUCCCCCACCGGUUUAUUACACUCAGGUUGGGGGGGGGGGGCAUCAGUCUGACGGGUUUUAUAGGUCCAUUAGGAGCACAGAGUAUUUCCUCCUUCACUGGCUUCAUGCUGGGAUGCUGCCAUCCAGACGACGACGGAGGCCCAAGCGUUCAGUAAUUUGCAACACUUUGUUUCCCUCACCGAGUACAGCACCAUCUCUCACUUACACUCUGCACACACACACACACACACACACACACACACACGCUCAGCUGAAGGUUCGGUAGGUACAUUAUGCUGUUUCAAGAGGCAGGUACGAGACGGGGAGAAUGUGUCUGACUCGUCAGUGAAGCUGGAAGCUUUCGCACUCGUCGCCGGGAAGAGCAGCGCUCUCUCUUUCACACGUGCGCGAGUCGUCACUGUGGAAGAUGCUGUGAUGGGUUUACACCUACAGGGAGAGAUCUGCAUGGAUGUCAGAGCUGUAUUAGGUUCUCCCCUCUUAACCCGAUACGGCCUUCUAUCCUCAUGAAGGCUACUGUUUUAGAGGUGGAUUCGAUUCACUGGCUCCAGGGGGUUGGGAACAAACCACAACGCACCAAAAUGAUUUUAUAAAGUUGACAGAAAAUAAUAAAAAAUAAAAAAAAUGCUAUGACAAGUCUCUCAUUGCUUCAAGCUCACGGACGAGUAGACAGAGAAACACACUGCUUCACUCAACUCAGCCUUUCAGCUCCGUACCAGAGUUAAUUUAGCUCCUGUGUCUUCAUGGCAUAUCGUUGGAUUUCCUAGUUAUUGAUCCGCUUUGACAUUAAACUGACCGGAGGGAUUUGUCUUUGUCUUGCACAACAUGUGGCAGCAACCGAGAAUACAAUAAAUCAUUGAGUUGUACAA